UAAUUGAGAUUGUCUCCAAGUCCAAGCAAUGCUUCACCUGCCGUAAUGGGCGAAGACAAAAUCCCAAAGACAACCUCCCCCUCCUCCACCACCAUCUCUCCUUCUCGCCCACAAGACCAGUUUGAGCUGCUCUGUGAUAAAGCAAUCCAUUAGUGUCUUCUUCCUGCCUCUUUUACCCACAUACACACAUACAGAGAGCAGCAGCAGGAACAAUCAAUGGCAAUAAGAUGUUCUUGUCCUGCUGUCAUCCUUCCAAGGGGUCAGACCAAGAAGGCGAUGCCAAGAGCUUCCAUGCUGUGCCACAGCCACAUACAACCCAGCGGAGCAUCAGCUUCUUCAUACAAAUUUUUCACAGCCAACAAGGUUUUCGAAGACCAAGCAAUGGGGAUAGUCUGCUACACGGAUGGAAAGGGAGAAGUAGUCUGCGAGGGGUACGACGAAGGUCCAAGAUUUAGUCCAUGGUCAUCGAAGGACACAUAUCACCAAAGGCCCGGCGAUCAUCAGAUUCCCAACUUUCGACUAAUGAAGCUUCAAAUCGGCAGGGAUGAUGACUUCUACUGAAUCAUUCACAAGCAAAACUAACACUUGAAUAUGAAGUUAAAUUUGAGUCCUGUACAAUAGGUAAAUGGGUCUUCUCGCAUGGAAAAGUUCCGAAUCCAUAUCAAGGUAUCUCUAUGGUUGUAUCUUUGAAUCGUAAAGAUGGAUGAUUUACUAGACAUGCAAGUUUCAAAAUGACAUGCUGGUUUCUGAUUAUAAAGUUCUUAUGUACAUAAUAUUAGCCUAUCUACAAAGGAUGAAUUGUGUAUGUUUACAUUCA